CUUCCCCCCACACCAACCAACUAACCAACAUCCUCACAUUUCACACACACUCACCUCACCACCAAACCACCACAAUUACCACCACCACAACCACAACCAUGCCCGGCCUCACCCCCGCCCAACUCUCCACCUUCAACACGACCGGCUACCUCAUAAUCCCCGACUACCUCACCCCCGCCGAAAUCUCCGCCUGCCUAACCGAAACCAACCACCUCCUGACAACCUUCCCUUUAGACACCCACCCCCUCACCCAAUUCACCACCGGCGACUCCUCCCCAACAGACAAACACGUCGGCGACACCUACUUCCUCGAAAGCGGGGACAAAAUCCGGUACUUCUUCGAACCCUCCGCCAUCUCCCCCACGACCUCCACCCUUCUAAAACCCAAACACCUCGCGGUGAACAAAAUCGGACAUAGCCUGCACACGCUCUCCGAGCCCUUCAAGUCCAUUACUUUGUCGCAACGCAACGCAGAUAUCGCCCGAUCCCUGGGGUUCAAAGACCCAAGGGUGCUGCAAAGCAUGGUGAUUUGCAAGCAGCCCGGGAUUGGAGGGGCGGUGCCCCCGCACCGCGAUAGCGAGUUCUUGUAUACGGAUCCGCCGAGUGCGGUUGGGUGGUGGAUUGCGUUGCAGGAUGCUGGGAAGGGGAAUGCGAGUUUGGGGAUGGUGAGGGGGAGUCAUAGACGCGGGGAUGGGGGGGUGGGGAGGAGGUUUGUUAGGGUUUAUGAGGGUGAUAAGGAAGGGGGGGAGGUGGUGGGGACGGGGUUUGUGGAGAAUGAGGGGGGGAGGUUUCCUAGGGGUUUGGAGGUGCAGGAUAAAGAGGAGGGUGAAGGGGAGGAUGAGGUCGAGGUGGUGGAUGUUAAGGCGGGGUCGUUGGUGUUGAUUCAUGGCAAUGUGUUGCAUAAGAGUGAGAGGAAUACCGGGGAUAAGAGUCGAUUUGCUUAUACGUUUCAUGUUAUUGAGGGGGCGGAGGGGUGGGAGUAUGAUGGGAGGAAUUGGUUGCAGCCGACUGGGGAGGGGUUUUCGAGGUUGUAUGGUGAUCAUUCUAUGUAG